AUGGAUUCAGCGAAGAAAACUGUUGAGUCCGUCGCUGAGGGUGUCAAGAAGGUCGUCCUCGGCGGCUCCAACAAAGACAAAGCCCCCAAGAAGGAGAAGAAGGCUAAGGAUGCUGGCGAUACCUCAGCUGGCCCUCUUGAACUCAACCCCCCUCCUGAUUUUCUGCAAAAGAGAAUCGAACUCUUCGACAAGUUGAAAAAGGAGUAUGAUGACGAAAUUGCCAAGAGGCCGCGCGAGCCCAUUACCAUCACCAUGCCCGACGGCUCUGUCCGCCAGGGCACGAGCUACGAGACUACACCCGGCGAGAUCGCUAAAAGUAUCUCCAACAGCCUUUACAAACGAACCGUUGUCGCUCGUCUCGAUAGCGAUGAGAAUCAGCUGUGGGACUUGGACAGACCGUUGGAGAAGAGCUGCAAAUUGGAGCUACUCAAUUUUGAUGACGAACAAGGCAAGCAGGUCUUCUGGCACAGCUCGGCGCAUAUUCUUGGCGAGGCUUGCGAGAGGAGAUUUGGAUGCUCUCUUUGCAUUGGCCCCCCGGUCGAUAACGGAUUCUACUACGAGAUGGCUCUCCCUGGAGGCGCUGCUGUCCAGGCUAGCGACUGGAAGCCACUCGAAUCUAUCGUUGGAUCCAUUGUGAAGGAGAAACAGAAAUUCGAGCGACUCGAGUUGACCAAGGAGCAGCUACUCGAGAUGUUCAGCUACAACAAGUAUAAGCAGCACAUUAUCAACGACAAGAUCCCCGACGGUACCAAGACUACAGUUUACCGCAACGGUCCCUUGAUCGAUCUUUGCCGUGGGCCACAUGUCCCCAGCACCGACCGUAUUGAGGCGUUCAGCAUCAUGAAGAACAGCGCCUCAUAUUUCCUCGGCUCUCAGGAGAACGACUCCCUCCAGCGCGUUUAUGGUGUCAGUUUCCCCAGCAAGAAGGAGCUCGCUGCGCACAAGAAAUGGCUCGAGGAAGCCGCCGCCCGUGAUCACCGCAAGUUGGGCCAGGACCAGCAACUCUUCUUCUUCCACGAGCUCUCCCCGGGCAGCGCCAUGUGGCUGCCGCACGGCGCCCGUAUCUACAACACGCUUCUCGCCUACAUCAAGGAGCAGUACUUCAAGCGUGAUUACCACGAGGUUAUCUCCCCCAACAUGUACAAUGCGGAGCUAUGGAAGAUCAGUGGGCACUGGGAUCAUUACAAGGAUGACAUGUUUGUCAUCGAUGUCGACAAGGAGAAGUUUGGUCUGAAACCCAUGAACUGCCCUGGCCACUGCCUCAUGUUCGCCCACACGCCCAAGGCCUAUCACCAGCUGCCCUGGCGUGUUGCCGACUUUGGAGUCCUCCACCGUAACGAGGCUAGCGGUGCCUUGUCGGGUCUCACCCGCGUGCGCAGAUUUCAGCAGGACGACGCGCAUAUUUUCUGCAGAGAAGACCAGAUCAAGUCGGAGAUUAGCAACCUGUUUGAUUUCCUCCGUGAGAUGUACGGCCUCCUGGGCUUCACAUUCAAGCUCCGUCUCUCCACCCGCCCAGAGAAGUAUCUGGGUGAGCUUGAGACAUGGAACAGAGCAGAGGACAUGCUCAAGCAGGCACUGGACGAGUUCGCCCUCACUGAAGCCGGUGUGCCAUGGACUUUGAAUGAGGGUGAUGGUGCCUUCUACGGCCCUAAGAUCGAUAUCAAGAUCAUGGACGUCCUGAACCGUGAAUGGCAGUGUGCCACUAUUCAGCUUGACUUCCAGCUCCCCCAGAACUUUGGCCUGGAGUACGUCUCAGCAGAUGCGCCCGCCAAAUCCAAGGAGGAGGCCCCUGCUGCGCCCAAGGCACCGGAGGUAAAGGUCAAGGACCCCCAAGCCAUAAUCGACUCUGCCGCCGGCGUCGGCGAGGAGAAGGAGAAGAAGCGCACCAUCAAGCCCUUGACCAACGGCUGCCAGCGUCCCGUUAUCAUUCACCGCGCUAUGGCUGGGUCUAUCGAGCGAUUUACGGGUAUCCUCAUCGAGCACUUCGCCGGCAAGUGGCCUUUCUGGCUCAGCCCAAGGCAAAUCAUGGUCAUCCCUGUUGGCAAGGGCUUCGUCGAGUACGCCGAAGAGGUGCAGGCUACCUUCAAGAAGCAGGGCAUGUGGGUCGAUGUCGACCUCUCCGGCAACACCCUGCCCAAGAAGAUCCGCAGUGCUCAGUUGAGCCAAUACAACUUCAUCUUUGUAGUGGGCGACGAGGAGAUGAAGCACAAACAGGUGAACAUCCGCUACCGCGAUGACACAUCGAGCCAAGACCGCGGCAAACCUGUCGACGUCAUCGAAGCUGUCGAGAGGCUCAAGAAGCUGCGCGAGGAACGUGGCACCUACAACCCGUUUCCUGCCGCAGCCAAGGCCGCAGCGGAGAAGGGUAAAGAAUGA